CCAUCUCAAAAUUGGCGCUUGGCACAGAUGAGUGGAAACUCGGAUGGGAAUAAGGAGUUCCACGAGCAGCUCCGGUUGGAACAGCUGUAUGGGCGGAAAGAGGGAGAUGGAGAUGAUCCGUAUACGUACGUGGACCCAGUGGACGGGACCGUGUACGACUGGGAUCAUGAUAAGAAAGCAUGGUUUCCUAAGAUAACCGAGGACUUUUUGGCUGCGUAUCAAGCCAAUUAUGGGUUCAGUGAGGAAGGGGCCGCUGAACCAGCUGCUUCAGGCACGCCCAGUAAGACCUCAGCUCAGCCUGAGGAGAGCAAGAAGCCGGAGGGCAACCCCGACGCAGACAAGCCUAAAGAGGCCAAACAGAAAGGAGAGAAAAGAAAAGCAGACCCAGGUUGGUUUGACGUCGAACAAGACAAAAACACUAAUGUGUAUGUGUCAGGCCUUCCACCGGACAUAACACCCGAGGAGUUUGUGGAAGUCAUGUCUAAAUGCGGCAUCAUAAUGCGAGACCCCGUCACAGAGGAGUACAAAAUCAAACUCUAUAAGGACAAAGAGGGAAACCAAAAAGGCGACGGGCUCUGCUGCUACCUCAAGAGGGAGUCUGUGGCCCUUGCGGCGCGUCUGCUGGACGAGUCGGAAAUCAGGGGCUACCAGCUGCACGUGGAGGCGGCACGCUUUGAGCUCAAGGGUCAAUACGACGCAAGCAAGAAAAAGAAAAAGAGCAAGGAAUACCGCAAGAGGAUGCAGCAGCAACACAAGCAGCUGGACUGGAGGCCGGAGAAGAAGGGGGAGGCCCGUAAGAGACACGAGCGCGUGAUCAUCAUUAAGAACAUGUUCCACCCCAAAGACUUCGAGGAAGAUCCCCUGGUGCUGAAUGAGUAUCGUGAAGACCUCCGCACAGAGUGUGAAAAGUUUGGGCAAGUGAAGAAGGUCAUCAUAUUUGAUAGACACCCUGACGGAGUGGCAUCAGUGGCAUUCAAAGAGCCUGAGGAAGCAGACAUGUGCCAGGUGGCAUUAAACGGGCGCUGGUUCGGGGGAAGGAAGCUGAGUGCAGAGUUGUGGGAUGGCGCGACUGAUUACCAGAUUGAGGAGACGGCCCGUGAGCGGGAGGAGAGGCUGAAAGGUUGGUCAGCGUUUCUCGGCGACGAGGCAGGGAAACAAAACUCCGCUAAAGCCAGCGGAACGGACGGCACGGCGGAGAAAACCUCCACGGAAGAGCCCUCCAGCCAGGCAGCCACGGAGGCCUCCUCCAGCCAGGCAGCCACGGAGGCCUCCUCCAGCCAGCCGUCAGAGCACGGGACGGAGCAGACCCACGCGCAGGGGCACGUGGGAGGGGAAAGAACAGAGGAGACCCCAGGAGCGGAAGCGGACGAGGCUGCUUUGGAUUCAACCGACAGCAGCCUGGCAGGGAGCGAUGAGGACGAGGCAUAGACUUAAUGAAACACAUCGUCCUGGCUGCGUUAAAGCUCCGCCUACUCCUAACUGUGUCUUUGUG